AUGGAAGUCGCUGCGCUUGGUCAACUAUUGGAGUAUGUGGGUGAUAUGAUGGAGAUUGACUAUGUAGGUGAGCUAGGCAAGUCCGAUUGGAAAGACGGAAUUGAUUUCAUGGACGACGUGGAAAUAUGGGCCACCAAAUAUGAGGACGACCAUAUGAAGGCUCUGCCAGAAAUUAAAGAACUAGGUGAGGUAUUGUUAGGGCUGCUUCUCUCUUCCUACCCUUCCUUCGCACGGCCAAUCGGAUAUCAAGUUGUGGUGACGUUACUUGGCGAGAGACUUCGUCACGCAUUCAGUCUACCAGAGCCUAGCAUUGGCACUAUUACACUGGUCCAUGCAGCACUGUGUGUUCGCCGAUUCAUAGUUCGAUACUUGAUGCUUCCUCGUCUGUUUCCUGUGGACUAUCUCUCAGACCCUGAUCCAAAGUCGGGUCGCAUGCACAAGCUCCGUUAUCUUAAAGAGCCGUGGUACAACGAUGCUACGAUUUGGACGCGUUGGAAUCCAGUUGCGAUUGCGACAAGGCUAUCCGGUGUACAAAUCCCCGGAGAUGGUGGUGCAGAGAUGAAGCCAGAGGGGCUCCUAUUCGAAGAUGUCGGCCCCAAGUCAAAGAUGGGUCGCGGCAACGAAGAAGUUGAAAGACUUGAGGAGUCGGCCAGAAGCCGGGUUUCUGGAGGUUGUCCAUUCUCAGCUAAAGCGUCGAUUUAA